AUGCAGGGGAUCUGGAUGGUGCUGUUGGCACUGGCAUCGAGCACCUGUGGGAAGCUUGCUAUGGCCUUACAGUGCUAUACCUGUCCAGAUCCGGUGAGUGUGUCCAGCUGUGUCACCAUCACCACCUGCCACAGCGAUGAAAUCAUGUGCAAGACCACGCUCUACUCCCGGGAGAUUGUGUUCCCUUUCCUGGGAGACUCCACGGUGACCAAGUCCUGCGCCAGCAGGUGUGAGCCUUCAGACGUGGAUGGCAUUGGGCUAACCCGGCCAGUGUCCUGCUGCAAUUCUGAUCUAUGCAACGUGGAUGGGGCACCCAGCCUGGGCAGUCCUGGUGGCCUGAUCCUUGCCCUGGCACUUCUCUUUCUCUUGGAUCUCCUGCUGUAAAGCCAAGGCCACCUGGUUCCACCUUGUCCCUGACAGCCCAGUUCCCUGGUGCCUUAAAGAAGUAC